CGUUGGGAUCGUGGCUGAGGAAGCGGCAGGCCCGGACACGUGUACAGAAAUUCCGGGCAGGAAUCCCACGGGAAGGGGCGGCCGAGCUGAGCAGGCCCCGUCCCUCCGCCUCCCGCUGCCUUUCCGCCGGCUGCAGCCUCCCAGCGCCAUGGCCCCCGGCAGCGUCUUCCUCCUCCUCCUCCUCCUCCUCCUCCUCAGCAUCCUGGGGGCGCCGGGGCUGGGCGACCCCGGCCCGCUGGAAGACGUGGUGAUAGACAGAUACUACAUCCCCAAAAUCUGCCUGCGGGAGGCCCAGAUGGGGGAUUUCAUUCGCUACCACUACAAUGGGACCUUUAAAGAUGGCCAAAAGUUUGACUCCAGCUACGACCGAGGGGCCACGGUGGCCGGCGUGGUGGGUGUCGGGCGCCUCAUCACGGGCAUGGACCGGGGGCUGCAGGGCAUGUGCGUCAACGAGCGGCGUCACCUCAUCGUGCCCCCCCACCUCGGCUACGGCAGCAUCGGCGUGGCGGGGCUGAUCCCCCCAGACGCCACCUUGUACUUCGAUGUGGUCAUGCUGGACAUCUGGAACAAGAAGGACAAGCUGCAGGUCACCUCCUUGUCCAGACCCCUGCACUGCAACCGCACCGUGGAGGACUCGGACUUCGUGCGCUACCACUACAACGGCACGCUGCUGGACGGGACCCCCUUCGACUCCAGCUACAGCAAGAACAGCACCUACGACACCUACGUGGGCACGGGCUGGCUGAUCAAGGGCAUGGACCAGGGGCUGCUGGGCAUGUGCGCCGGGGAGAAGAGGAGCAUCAUCAUCCCGCCGUUCCUCGCCUAUGGGGAGAAGGGCUAUGGGUCCGUGAUCCCGCCGCAGGCGUCGCUGGUGUUCAGCGUGCUGCUGGUGGACUUCCACAACCCCAAGGACGGGGUGUCCCUGCAGCACCUCGAGGUGCCCGAGCCCUGCAAGCGCCGCGCUGCGAGCGGGGACUUCGUCCGCUACCACUACAACGGGACAUUGAUGGACGGGACGCUCUUUGACUCCAGCUACUCCCGCAACCACACGUACAACACCUACAUCGGGAAGGGCUACAUCAUCCCCGGCAUGGACCAGGGCCUGCAGGGGGUCUGCAUGGGGGAGAGGCGGCGCGUGGUCAUCCCCCCACACCUGGCCUAUGGGGAGAACGGAGCAGGGAACAAGAUUCCCGGCUCAGCCGUGCUCAUCUUCGACGUCCACAUCGUUGACUUCCACAACCCCGAGGACCCGGUGGAGAUGGAGACCUUGUACCGGCCGGAGGGCUGCAACCUCACCACCCGCCCCCGGGACUUCAUCCGCUACCACUACAACUGCUCCUUGCUGGACGGCACCAAGCUCUUCUCCUCCCACGACUACGAGAAGCCGCAGGAAGUGACCCUGGGCACCAACAAAGUGAUCGAGGGCUUGAACAGGGGCCUCCUGGAUAUGUGCGCAGGGGAGCGGAGGGUGCUCAUCGUCCCCCCCCACCUGGGACACGGCGAGAGCGGAGCCCGGGGGGUGCCGGGCAGCGCCGUGCUCCGCUUCGAGGUGGAGCUGAUCUCCAUGGAGGAGGGCGUUCCCGAGGGAUACCUCUUCAUCUGGCACGGGGAGCCCCCGGCCGGCCUCUACGAGCAGAUGGACCUCAACAAGGACGGGGAAAUCCCGGCUGAGGAGUUCUCCACCUUCAUCAAGAGCCAGGUGGCGGAAGGGAAGGGGCGGCUCAUGCCCGGCUCCGACCCGGACAAAGUCAUCGCCGACAUGUUCAGGAACCAGGACCGCAACCAGGACGGGAGGAUCAGCCCCGAGGAGCUGAAGCUGAAGUCGGAUGAGGACCAGGAGAAGAUCCACGAGGAGCUCUGAGGAGCAGCUCCUGCUCUUCCCUGCACACAGGACUCGUCCUGGCCAUGCCCUGGCCGGUCCCCCCCUCCCCAGGAACCUGCCCUUGCCCUUCCCCAGCCCUUCCAGGGGAGAGCAUUUGGGGGUUCCCCCCCCAUCCAUUAACUGAGGGGCUUUGGAUGCUCCUUUGGGCAGGAAAACACCGAGCCCCAGCAAAUAAACCCAGGCAAGAAGGUGGGAAA